UUCAAAUGCAAAGUCUCCCUCCCCCACACAACAGGCUCACAGACAUUCCAUGCGCGCACAGCUGCACGCUGCUCGCGUCCGCCGUCUCCUCGUCGUCCUUAGCGAUGGCGGCGUCGUCCCCAGCGCGGCUCUAUUACCUUCUCCUGCUGGUUCUCUUCCUCGCCACGCCCUCCGUACGCGCUUCCUCGGAGCUCCGGCGCCGCGUGGAGGCGCCGGCGGCGUUGCCACCCGGCGUGGCCGAAGGGCGCGCGCGGCAGGAGUUCCACGUGCCGCCAACAAAGGGCCCGAUCAGGGAACAACGGAGGAGCAGGCCGCGCGGCGGUGGCACCGGCGCGUGGACCUUCUCAGCGAUGCUGCCCCGGGGGUUCGUGCCGCCGUCGGGCUCGUCCGACUGCCACAACGACAUGCCGGCCAACGCCGCCGACCCCCAAUUCUUCGCCUGUAGCGGUGCCGGGACGCCGUGACGACAAAGACCGGACGCCGUGGCGCCACCUUGCGUGCUUGGACCAAGAGGGGUGCAAAUCCAAGAGUAACCGUGUCCGUUCUCUGAAGCGCGGGAAUCGCGCGUCUCUCUGGUAACCUUCCCCUGAGGGCUCUUUGCAAGUGUAAAUGCCGGUGAGGCCUACCAUGUUCUUGUCUAGUUCUACCUCAAACAUUCAUCCAUGGAGCCUUAUCCCAACAUUUGCCCGUGUCACGAACGAUUCGGUGACUUGGAAGUCGGAACUCGUUUGACAGGAAAAAAAAAUACAAGCUACGUACGUAGCUUAAUAUAAGGGCUUCUUGUUUU